AUGAAGGUCUCAAUGGUCAUUCUCGCUACUCUUGCCGCCAUGGUCAUGGCUGCUCCAUCCCCAGCCCCACACCCAGAGACUGAUCUCGACCUCCUCAAUGAUCUUGUCAAGCGCCAGAGCUUCGGAUGCGGCUCAUGCAACAAGCGCAAGAAGUUGUGCUGGAGCUGCAACUCUGGUGGAUGCAGCUACACCACAGUCAAGUGCUAG